AUGAGUCCUUCCGUGGAGAGCGAAGCUUUGUCCGAUCAGCAGAAGAUAACGGAGAACUGCGCGGAUAGGCGGACGAACGGUAGCACAAAGGCCAACACACACUUGAGCUUCCAUGAAUCAGGGAAGCAGCGAAAUGAGACAGGAGCUUCAACGAAAUCGUCCAGCGGAGUGUCUGGCGAAGACAGAAUCGAUCGGGAAAAUGGGACAAAGGAGCAAUGGACAUACCAUGCCAGCGGAUAUCCCGAACGACGCUUUUCUAAUAGUGUACACAAGAUGGCAGAGUCUGGAUCACCAGAGCAGGGUCUCGGUAUCCUAGUCGAACAGUCGCCGGAUGAUGGGAAGACACCUGGUCAUUUAUCCGUCGUUAAUGUCUACGAUGGACCACAGACUAAGGCUGCUUUAGCUGAGUUGUCCGACGAUCUACAAAGCAGAUCAUCCGAUGAUAAAGACAAAAUCAUGAAGUUGUCUCCUGAGAAGAUCCAGGAGCUUACGUCUUCGCCAGAGUCGAUACCCUAUCGCCCUGCAGCACCGGAAACCAACACCGGUCGACGAGUGGUGUCCGACAACGCACAUGGUAAUGGCUCACUGGCUCGAUCUGAGACACCGGAAUUCGUGCUUCAGGCUCUUGGCGAGAAACCAUCUUCUUCAGACGGGCUACCAAAACAUCGACCCUCUAAAGACCUGCUGGAAGAGGCCUCGGCACCGGCGAGUCCGGCUUGCCCACGAGGCCUACAGAAUCCGCCCCUGCGCAAUCGCCCACACCCAUCACGAACAGUUUCCACUCCUGGUUCCUCACGCCGUCAACCCGCAUUAACGCCUAAUAAUGAAAGGCUGGCCCAUACAUGGGUCUCACGAUCGAAACAGGACAAAUUCGCGCCGGAACACGACCUGAAGAGCCACCUUAUUGCAUCACCUCAAAUAGUAGAGACUCCACUGUCUCCGACCGUGCCAUCAUCCAUUCCAUUGCCUCCAGUUUCGCUGCCUACAUAUCUUCAACUUGAGCUUGCAUCUGGCCGGCCCUCGCCAUUAUACAUUCAUCGCCCCGCAUCGAACGACUUCCCGUAUGAAUCAUCACGCGUGAAGAUUGAGAGGCUCACCAACUUUCUCAUGCUUCCACCUCUGUUAGAGCAAGUGCUUUGCUUCGGCAGUCUGGCCUGUCUUGAUGCAUGGCUAUAUUCCUUCACAAUCAUGCCUCUGCGCUUCAUCAAGGCUAUUUACAUCCUUGUUGAAUCAUGGGUCAUCAAUUUGGGAGCCGAGACCCGGUUUAUCUGGAAGUUUGUGCUCAACGGAAUUGGUCGAGUCUGGCGCAGACGGAAUCUGGCCCCAAAAGAAGAUCAACCCGAAAGACGCGACAGCGAAUCCGACGCCACAUCUCGGCCUCCAGGAUCUUCUGCUGGACUAGACGGAACAGCAGCAGAUAGAGAACCUCGGCAGCUUCAAUCGGAGCCAAAAAGGAAACAUCGCACCUCUGAAUCCCGCAGGCAUAAUCACAGACGGAAGAAGUCUAUGCCAUCGGCUCUGCUUCCUGAUGAUAAAGCGGAUAUUCUGACAGGCCUGCUUACGAUAGCCACGUGCUGUGUUCUGAUGUACUUUGACGCCAGUCGAAUGUACCACUGGAUUCGUGGACAGGCUGCUAUCAAGCUCUACGUGAUCUACAACGUUUUGGAAGUCAGUGACAGACUGUUAGCUGCGAUAGGUCAGGAUGUGCUUGAGUGUCUCUUUUCGAGGGAGGCUCUCGAGCGCCGUCCUGAUGGCCGAAGCAAGAUCAUUCGUCCAUUCUGGCUGUUCCUCUUAGCCUUGGUUUACACAGUCUCUCAUGCGACAUCGCUAUUCUACCAGGUUAUGACUCUGAAUGUUGCUGUGAACUCGUACUCCAACGCCUUGAUCACGCUACUGCUUUCCAAUCAGUUUGUCGAGAUCAAGUCUACUGUCUUCCGGAAGUUCGAGAAAGAGAACCUCUUUCAGCUCACUUGUGCGGAUGUCGUGGAACGUUUCCAGCUCUGGUUAAUGCUUACAAUCAUUGCGUCACGAAACAUUGUGGAGACGGGUGCCUUCAACUUUGUUGGGAGUUUCGGCCUUGGAUCGAGUUUCUCUGGCCAGCCCUCCACAAGUGCCAACAGCACACCGUUGUCCACACCUCCGCGCACUGCAUCAUCCAUCUUGCCUCAAGCGUUCACAUUCUUCCCUUCAUCAAUUCUGUCCUCUUUAAACAGCGUGAACUCCUUCAUCCCAACCCUGGCCCAAGUCCUCGGUCCAUUCCUAGUGGUCCUAGGCUCCGAAAUGCUAGUAGACUGGCUGAAACACGCCUACAUCAACAAAUUUAACAACAACCGACCAGCAAUCUAUAGUCGCUUCCUAGACGUCCUAGCAAAGGACUACUACACAAACGCCUUCGGUGAACAAAACCUCACUCGCCGCAUCGGCCUCCCAGUUAUCCCACUAUCAUGCCUCUUCUUCAGAGUCUCAGUCCAAACCUACCAAAUGUUCCUCGCAGCCCUCCUCCCCCAACACCCCUCCUCAACAGCAAUGGAAGCAACCUCCCUCUCCUCAAUCCACAACCAAUACGCCCCCUCCCCGCUGCCAUCCGCACCCCCAAUAACAUUCGCAACCCUCCUCCCAGCCUCAGCGGCCCAUGUCAGCGCUUUCUUCCGAACACUGCUCGAAAACGCCAUCCCAUCCCCGGCUCAAUCAGUCCACAUUUUCACAGCCAUCCUCCUUCUCACCGGCUUCGUCGUCCUCCUCAUUCUAAAACUCCUCCUGGGAAUGGUCCUCCUCGCAUUCGCGCGAUCGCGCUAUAGGAAGAUCAAAGCAAGGGAAGCGGAAUCCAAUUCCACUUCCAAUAAACAUCCAUCGCACCAAUCCCACCAACAAUCUACAACAGGACUCGACCAGCAACCUGCAGCCCGUGCUCGCGAAUUCUCUGUCGAGGGUAGCCAGCGUGUUGGUGGGUGGGGUAUGGUCGAAGUAGGUGAGGAGAAACGGAGAUUGAUCUACGCCGAUGAUGCGGAUGGACUGCGUCGGUUGAAGGAAAAGGAGGAAAAGAAGGAGAAGGAGGAGAAGGAUAAGAUGGAUAAGGAUGGUGAACUUAAUAUUGAUCAUGUUCAGCGGUAUGAGAUGAUUGCGAAGAAGAUUUGGUGA